AUGCCCUCCCCUCCCUCUUCCUCCACAGAAAACACCAACCUGCCUCCUCAGUUCAACAACUAUUUCUUCCAGAACUUCUUGCUGAUCUAUGAGGACACCGCAGUCGGUGCCUCUGUGGCUCAGCUGCGUGGCAUAGACCCAGAAGGGGAGCCCCUGACCUUUGGACUGAGGGGGGACGAGGCAGAAAGGUACUUUAAUGUGGACAGAAACACGGGAGUGGUGUGGCUUCGACAUCCCCUGGACCGCGAGACAAAGUCGGAGAUUCAGGUGGAAUUUUCCAUCAGCGACUUGCAAGUGACGGUGACAAACAUCGCGAACAUCCAGAUUGGUGAUGUCAACGAUAACGCCCCCGUCUUCCACAAUCAACCUUACGCUCAACAAAUCCCAGAGAACACGCCGGAAGGGACCACAGUGUUCAUCGUGAACGCGACGGACCCUGACCAGGGCACGGGGGGCAGCGUGCUCUUCUCCUUCCAGCCGCCCUCGCCGUUCUUCUCCAUCGACGAGGCGCGCGGCACCGUCACCAUCAAACGCCCGCUGGAUUUCGAGAGCAUUUCUGCCUAUCAGCUCACCGUCAACGCUACGGACCAGGAUAAGAAGCGUCCCCUGUCCACUCUGGCCAACCUGGCCAUCACCAUCACUGACGUCCAGGACAUGGACCCCAUCUUCACCAACCUGCCCUACAGCACCAACAUCAACGAGGACUCGCCCCCGGGCUACGAGGUGAGGACGAUCACAGCCAUCGACCAGGACCGGGGGAGGCCGCGGCGAAUCGGCUACACCAUCGUCUCAGGUAACACCAACAGCAUGUUCGCUCUGGACUUUGUCAGUGGCUCCCUGACUGUGAGCGGGCAGCUGGACAGGGAGAACCCCCUCUACUCGGCUGGAUUUAUCCUCACUGUCAAGGGCACGGAGCUCAACGCUGACAACACUCCCACGAACGCCACGGUGAGGACCACCUUCACCAUCCUGGUGGUGGACAAGAACGACAACGCGCCGCGCUUCAACAGCUCCGAGUACCGCGUGCUCAUCACCGAGCUGGCCCAGGUCGGCUUCGCCCUGCCGCUCUUCAUCCAGGCCGAGGACAAGGACGAGGGUGCCAACAGCAUGUUCCAGGUGUUCCUCACGGGGAACAACUCGGACCACUUCACCAUCUCCCCCACUGCAGUGCAGGGGAAAGCGGACAUACGGGUGCGUGUGGCGGUGCCCCUGGAUUACGAGAACAUCCGGAGCUACAGCUUCUCUCUGUAUGCCAACGAGUCUCUGUCGGACCACGUGGGGUUUGCUCGCGUUUUCAUUGACCUGGUCAACGAGAAUGACAACCGCCCCAUCUUCAGCAUGGCGUACUAUAACAUCAGCCUGCCUGAGAGCACGCCACACGGCACGUCUCUGGUGAUGAUUCGGGCCACGGACAAUGAUUUUGGAUCUUUCGGAGUGGUGCGCUACUUCUUCAGUGAGGAGCCUGAUCAGUUCGUGCUGGACACAGUGACGGGAUGGGUGACUCUCAGGGGGACGCUGGAUUUUGAGCUCAUGAGGCGCUAUACGCUGACCAUCCUGGCCCGGGACGGGGGUGGGGAGGAGACCACGGGACGCCUGAGGGUCAACGUGCUGGAUGUAAAUGACAACGUGCCCACCUUCCAGAAGGAGUCCUACAUGGGCUGGCUGAGGGAGAACGAGCAGGCUGCCCAACAGGUGGUGCGGAUUAGGGCCACAGAUGAAGACUCUCCCCCCAACAGUGUGCUGACGUACAGCAUCACAUCGGCCUCCAUUUUCCCCAGAUACUUCAGCAUCACUAUGGUGGAGGGCUACGCAGUUAUCAGUGUGAACAGUCCCUUGGAUUAUGAGGCAGUUCCUGAUGGAAUGAUCUAUCUGACUGUGAUGGCUAAAGAUGACGGAAACCCGCCUCUCAACAGCACCGUCCCUGUCACCAUUGAGCUGUUCGAUGAAAAUGACAACCCCCCGGUCUUCACUAAGCCUUCUUACGUCAUCACAGUACCAGAGAACAUCGGCGCAGGAGCGACGGUGCUGUUUGUGAACGCCACGGACCGGGAUGCCUCUCGGGAGUUUGGCCAGGCCUCGCUCAUCUACUCCCUGGAAGGGUCCCCCAAGUUCCGUCUCAACGCUCGCUCAGGAGAAAUAACCACAACAGCCCUGCUGGAUCGUGAAGAGAAGUCGGAGUACAUCCUCAUUGUACGAGCUGUGGACGGAGGGGUUGGGCCUCUACAGAAAACUGGGAUUGCCACGGUGAAUAUUACGCUGCUGGACAUCAAUGACAACGCCCCCAUAUGGCGAGACGAGCCAUACAAUGUCAACGUUGUGGAGAUGAGCCCCAUCAACACUGAUGUCAUCUCAGUUCUGGCGGUGGACCCGGACAACGGGGAGAACGGCACGGUCGUGUACCGCAUCAGCCCGGCGAACCCCUUCUACAACAUCAACAGCAGCACGGGCAAGAUCCGCACCAGCGGAGUGGUGCUGGACCGGGAGAGCCCCAACACCAAAGACACGCUGCUCAUGAGAACCAUCAUAGUGUCUGCCACUGACCGUGGAACGCCGCCCUUGCAGUCCUCAGUCAGCACCACGGUGUACGUAAACCUGCUGGACCUCAACGACAACGACCCCACCUUCCUCAACCUGCCCUUCAUCGCAGAGGUUCCAGAGGGCCUUCCCAUUGGCUCUUCUGUCUUUAGGGUCCAGGUGUCAGACCCAGAUGAGGAUGAGAACGGUAGGGUGACCAUGGUUCUGCAGAUGGGGAUGCCGCGCCUCAACUUUGCCCUGAACACCUCCACGGGAAUCCUGGUUUCUACAGCCACGCUGGACCGUGAAGAGAUCAGCCAGUACCUGCUCAGGGUGGUGGCGUAUGAUGCCGGCCAGUUCCCACGCACUUCCACCAGCACCCUAACUGUCACAGUUCUGGACGUGAACGACGGCACCCCCACUUUCUUCCCCAAAGUGUACAACAUGUCUCUGCACGAGAGCGUCCCGCGUGACUCUGUGGUGAUGCGUCUCAACUGCUCCGACAGCGAUGCCGGGCUGAACGCCGAGCUCAGCUACUUCAUCACAGAUGGGAAUCAGGAUGGGAAGUUCAGUGUGGGGUUCCGCACCGGAGUUGUGCGUACUGUGGUGGGGCUCGACCGGGAGACCCAGGCUGCCUACACCCUGCUUAUUGAGGCUAUCGAUAACGGCCCUGCAGGCAGCAGGAGGACAGGGACAGCCACAGUGUACAUAGAGGUGCUGGACGUCAAUGACAACCGUCCUAUUUUCCUGCAAAACAGCUAUGAGACCAGCAUCCUGGAGAGUGCGCCCAUAGGUGCUAGCAUUCUACAGGUGCAGGCCACAGAUGCAGACCAGGGGGAUAAUGGUAGAGUUCUGUACAGGAUCUUGUCUGGGGACAGCAACCGUCAGUUCAGCAUCGACCAGCAGACCGGUGUGGUGACCCGGGGACAGAGGGCCCUGGACCGGGAGACCAGCAGCUCCCACCUUCUGGAGGUGGAGGCCUACAACAGGGACGAGGGCAGCAUGAGGAGCUCCGUCAGGGUGAUCGUGUACGUGGAGGAUGCUAACGACGCGGCUCCGGUCUUUACCCAGCAGCAGUACAACCGCCUGGGGCUGCGCGAGACGGCCGGCAUCGGCACCUCCGUGAUCGUGGUCAGGGCCACCGACCCGGACACCGGUGACGGAGGGGCGGUGGCCUACGCCCUGGUCUCAGGUUCGGACAUGAAGUUCGAGGUGGACGUGAGCACGGGUCUGGUGACCACCGUGGACUACCUGGACUACGAGACCAAGACCAGCUACCUGAUGAACGUGUCGGCGACGGACCAGGCCCCGCCCUUCCACCGGGGCUACUGCACGGUCUAUGUCACCCUGCUCAACGAGCUGGACGAGGCCGUGGCCUUCUUCGCUCCCGGCUACGAGGUGUCGCUGCGCGAGAACAUCGCCACGGGGACCGAGGUGGUGCGGGUGCAGGCGCAGUCGGCCGAUAACCUGAACCAGCUGUCCUACCGCUUCGACCCGGACACCUCCCCCGCAGCUCUCGCCCUCUUCAGGAUCGACAGCAUCACCGGGCGCAUCACAGUAACGGGGUUGCUGGAUAGAGAAAGGGGGGACCUGUACACCCUGACAGUCGUCGCUGAUGAUGGAGGGCCCAAGAAAGACUCAACUGUGGUAUCAAUCACUAUACUGGACGAGAACGACAACAGCCCUCAGUUUGACAUCACAUCUGAUUUGUCAGUGGAGAUUCCAGAGAACACGCCUAUCGGGAGAAGAGUGGCAGUGGUGCUGGCAAGAGACAAGGACAUUGAGAAUAAUGGUCUGGUGAACUUCACCCUGGUGGCAGGGAACAUGCAGGACGUGUUUGAGAUUCGCACAGUCAACCACACCUACGGGGAGGUGUACGUCAACUCCGCCCUGGACCGUGAGACCGUGGACCGCUACAUGCUGAAGGUGAGAGCGACGGACAAUGGCUCUCCUCCUCGCUACACUGACCUCUCACUCACCAUCAACAUCUUGGACGUCAACGACAACCCACCCAUCAUCCAGAGCCGGACUGGCUAUAACAUUAGUAUCAGCGAGAAUGUGGGCGGGGGCACGUCCGUCCUGCGCGUGGUCGCCACGGACCGCGACAUUGGCUCCAACGGCAUGCUCUUCUACUACAUCACCGGGGGCAACCAGGACCUGACCUUCCGCAUGGACCGCGUGACCGGGGAGAUGGUGACCAGGCCGUCACCGCCCGACCGGGAACGGCAGCAGCAGUACCGCCUCAACGUUACCGUGGAGGACGACGGCACCCCCCCACUGUCGGCCUCAACGACAGUCUGGGUACACAUCAUAGAUGAGAAUGACAACGCUCCCAUGUUUCCCGAGGUAGAGUAUGUGACGGUGUUGAGUGAAGGCCCACAGACCGUGGGGACCACCAUCGCCACGGUGACGGCCACCGAUCCAGAUGAGGGGCUGAAUGGAACCUUGCGCUACAACAUCACCCAGGGCAACCUGGCCCAAACAUUUCGCAUCAACGCCAUGACAGGUACUAUUGUAGUGGUGAGGGAGUUGGACUAUGAGAUCAGCAGUGGACACUACACGCUUGUUGUCACAGCAACCGACCAGUGUCCCAUCCCUGGGCUCCGCUUGACAUCCAGUACAACGGUUCUGGUGAAUGUGAUUGAUGUGAAUGACGUGACCCCUACCUUCCCCCGGGCUCUUGAGGGGCCCUUUGACAUCACUGAGGGGCAGCCAGGGCCCCGGGUCUGGACCCUGAAAGCUACUGACGAGGACUCAGGGCUUAAUGGCAAAGUGGAGUACAGCAUCACUGCAGGAGACCCAGAGAAUGAGUUUGUGAUCUCUCCAGUGGAGGGAGAGCUCCGUGUCAGAAGAGACGUUGAGCUGGACCGAGAGACCACGGCCUUCUACAACAUCACUGUGACCGCCCGCGACCUGGGGACUCCGCCCCGCAGCAGCACGGUGGUGGUCAGUGUGCGUGUUCUGGACAUUAAUGACAAUGACCCGGUCCUGCUGGACAUGCCCCAGAACGUGAGCGUGAGCGAGGGAGCAGCGAUCCACACCUCGGUGGCUCGGGUCAGGGCGCAGGACGCCGACAGCGGCCGCAACGCCCUGCUCACCUUCAACAUCACCGCCGGCAACACCGACGGGGCCUUCUACAUCAACGACACGACGGGGGUUGUACAGGUGAACAGACCCCUGGACAGAGAGAGAGUGGCCACAUACGUACUGACCAUCACAGUCAAAGACAACCCAGAGAACCCCCGUAUCGCCCGCCGGGACUCAGACACCCUGGUGAUCACUAUCCUUGAUGAGAAUGACAACAGGCCCAUCUUCAGUCGACCCAGCUACCGGGCGGAGAUCCCUGAGAACGCGCCUGCAGGCAGUGAGGUGACUCUGCUGAACGGGCCGGUGCUGGCGGAGGACAGGGAUAUCGGGCCGAACGCCGUGGUCAGGUACCGGCUGCUGGGCCCCAGAAUGGACCUCUUUACCGUGGACUCUGUCACAGGUGUGGUGAAAGUGCGAGGGGGGGCGCUGUUGGACAGAGAGGCGUUCUCAGACCCGCGGGUGGAGCUCUUCCUGGUGGGGGAGGACGUGGGGGGUCUGAACAGCAGUGUCCCCCUCACCAUCACCAUCCUGGACCAGAACGACAAUCCGCCUGUCUUCAGCCCUGCCAGCAUCACUGUGCACCUGCCCGAAAACAGCCGCACAGGGGUGGUGGUGACGCAGCUCUCUGCCAGCGACGCGGACUCGGGCGCUAACGGCUGGCUGCUGUACAGGCUGGAGAGCGGGGCCCAGGACCGCUUCGUCAUCGAGUCCUUAUCCGGCGCCGUCCUGGUGGCUAACGCUACCCUGGACCGGGAGGAGCGCAGCUCGUACCGGCUGGUCGUCGUGGCCACGGACCGGGGCACCCCGCCCCUCUCUGGCACCGCCACGCUCUCUGUCGUCCUGGACGACAUCAACGACUCCCGCCCCCACUUCCUGCAGCCCAUUCAGACUGUGAGCGUGAAUGAGUCUACGCCAGCAGGCACAGUAGUGGCCACCCUCACGGCUGAGGACCCCGACCUCCGACCCCGUCUGGAGUAUUAUAUCAUCUCCGUGGAGGCCACGGAUGACGGAAACAACCCAGUGGAUGGUCUACACGAUUCUUUCGGCAUCGACUUCCACACUGGUGCAGUGUUUGUGCGUAACCCACUGAACAGAGAGCUGGUGGCCAGCUUUGAGAUCAUGGUGUCCGUUCACGACAACGCCAGUGACGUCAUCGAUCAGUCAGUCAGUGUCCCCAAUGCGAGGCUGACCGUGAACGUGCUGGAUGUGAACGAUAACGUCCCGCGCUUCCGCCCGUUUGGGGUGUCGAAUUUCUCAGAGAAGAUUCUGGAAGGGGCUCAGCCCGGGACCACGCUCCUGUCCGUCUCAGCCGUCGACCCCGAUAAGGGUCCCAACGGCCAGGUGACCUACCAGCUGCUCCACCUCCCCCGCGGGGGGUACGUGCGCCUGGAGGAUCCCUCCACAGGUAAGAUCGUGGCCAACAGGACUGUGGACUAUGAGAUGGUGCAGUGGCUAAACUUCACCGUGCGAGCCCAGGACCAAGGCACUCCAGUGCGUGCUGUUGAGCUGCCAGUGUUCCUUCAGAUCAUCGAUGUCAACGACAACAAUCCAAUCUUCACCCAGCCUUCCUACCAGAGGCCCGUGUUCGAGGAUGUGUCCCUGGGCACGGUCAUUGUGAAGGUCAGCGCCACCGAUGCGGAUUCCGGAUUGUUCGCCAUCAUCGAGUACAGCCUGGUGGACGGGGAGGGCAAGUUUGGCAUCACUCCAUCAACCGGCGACAUCUACAUCCUGUCUCCGCUGGACCGCGAGACGAAGGACCACUACACCCUGACAGCAGUUGCCAGGGACAACCCGGGAGGGAGUGCCAACAACCGUCGGGAGAAUUCUGUCCAGGUCUUGGUGACGGUUCUGGACGUGAACGACUUCCGGCCGCGCUUCUCGGAGCGGGUCUUCAGCACCAGCGUGUUUGAGAACGAGCCGAGCGGGACGUCCAUAAUCACGCUGACCGCCACCGACCUGGACGAGGGAGAGAACGGCAUCCUGACCUACAGCCUGCAGGGGCCCGGCUACGAGGCGUUCUCCCUGGAUGAGGACACAGGGCUUGUGCGAUCUCAGCGGCUGCUGCAGUCGUUUGAGCGCUUCAAUCUGACCGUGGUUGCCACGGAUAAGGGUCGCCCCCCCCUCUGGGGCACCGCCUCCCUGCGCAUCACCGUCAUCGACGUCAACGACAACCGGCCUGUCUUUGUCCGGCCCGCCAAUGGCACCAUCAUGCACAUCCUGGAGGAGCAGCCCCCGGGGCUGGUCGUUUACGAGGUGUUUGCCACGGACAGGGACGAGGGCGUAAACGGAGAGGUGCGCUACGCCUUCCUGCAGACCGGCGCGGGGAACCGAGACUGGGAGAACUUCCACAUCGACGCCCUGACCGGCGUCAUCACCACAGCCGUCAGGCUGGACCGGGAGAAGCAGGCCCUGCACAGCCUCAUCAUCGUGGCCUACGACCUGGGCCAGCCCGUGCCUUACGAGACCACGCAGCCCCUGCAGGUGGCGCUGUCCGACAUUGACGAUAACGAACCCGUCUUCCUUAAGCCCCCGCGGGGCAGCUUGCCGUACCAGGAGCUGUACGUGCCGGAGCACGCGGAGCCCGGGACAGUGGUGGGAAACGUGACGGGGGCGGUGGACGCGGACGAGGGCUCCAACGCCGUGGUGUACUACUUCAUCGCGGUGGGCUACGCUGGGGAUAAUUUCGCUCUGAGUCUGAGCGGGGUGCUGAGGGUGAAGAAGGACCUGGACCGGGAGGAGAUCCCCGUGUACUCCAUCAUCGUCAAGGCCUCCAGCAACCGCAACUGGACGCCCCCGCGGGGUCAGAGGUCGUCUCGGGCCCGCAGCCUCGACCCCAGCCUUGACCCCACCCUGCAGGAGGUCAGGAUCUACCUGGAGGACAUCAAUGACCAGCCGCCCCGUUUCUCCAAGCUAGAGUACACCGCAGGCGUGGCAGCGGAUGCCAAGGUGGGAUCGGACCUGAUCAGGGUGCGGGCUGUGGACAGCGACGUGGGCAACAACAGCCUGGUGCUGUACAGCCUGCUGUCCAUCCGCUACAUCAAGCUGCAGUCCAACGACUCGGACGACGUGGGAAACGUCUUCAUCAUCGGUGAGACAGAUGGAAUCAUUCGCACCUUUGACCUCUUCACCGCCUACGACCCCGGGUACUUUGUGGUGGAGGUGUUGGCGAGGGACUUGGCGGGGCACAGCGACAUGGCGGUGGUGGGCAUCUACAUCCUGAGGGACGACCAGCGCGUGAAGAUCGUCGUCAACGAGAUCCCGGAGAGGGUCCGCCUCUUCCAGGAGGAGUUCGUCAGCCUGCUGUCCAACAUCACUGGAGCCAUCGUCAACACAGACGACGUGCAGUUCCAUGUGGACAAAAAGGGGCGUGUGAACUUCGCCCAGACGGACGUGCUCAUCCAUGUGGUCAACAAGCAGACCAAUCGCAUCCUGGAUGUAGAGAGGGUGAUCCAGAUGAUUGACGAGAACAAAGAGCAGCUGAGGAACCUCUUCAGGAACUACAAUGUCCUAGAUGUGCAGCCAGCUGUGAGCGGGAAAGCCCCCGAUGACCUCACCACACUGCAGAUGGCCAUCAUUAUCCUGGCUGUGUUGCUCUUUGUGGCUGCUAUGCUCUUCAUCUUCAUGAACUGGUACUACCGCACAGUACACAAGCGGAAACUGAAGGCGAUCGUUGCAGGAUCAACAGGGAACCAGGGCUUCAUGGACAUUCUGGACAUGCCCAACACCAACAAAUAUUCCUUUGAAGGGGCCAAUCCCGUGUGGCUGGACCCCUUCUGCCGGAAUCUGGAGCUGGCAGCUCAGGCGGAGCACGAAGACGACCUGCCGGAAAACCUCAGUGACAUCACAGACCUGUGGAACAGCCCCGCCCGCACACACGGCACGUUCGGCCACGAGCCUCAGGCCUCGAAACCCGAGGACGACCGCUACCUGAGAGCAGCCAUCCAGGAGUACGACAACAUCGCCAAGUUGGGCCAGAUCAUGAGGGAGGGGCCAAUCAAGGGUUCACUGCUCAAAGUCGUGCUUGACGACUACCUGAGGCUCAAAAAGCUGUUUGCCGCCCGGCUGGUCACCAAGUCCACCAGCGGCGACCAGUCGUCCGUCACAGAGCUGAUCCAGAGUGACCUGGAUGAGGAGGAUGAAGAGCGUUUGGGCAUGGGGGGCGGCCGGGGCACCCUGCGCUUCAAGCACAAGCUCCCCGUGGAGCUGAGGGGCCCGGAGGGCGUGCACGCGGUCCACGGCAGCACGGGCACGCUCCUGACCUCUGACCUCAACAGCCUGCCGGAGGACGACCAGCGCGCCCUGGCGCGAUCCCUGGAGGCCCUGCAUGCCGACGGCGGUCUCUACGCCGACCGCAACGCCCGCACGGAGUCCGCCAAGUCCACGCCCCUCCACCGCACCAAAGACUCGGACACGCUGUCCGAGAGCCCGCUGGAGAUCACGGAGUUAUGACUAGCCGAGGCCUCGCUGGUCUGAGGACUGUGAAGUGUGCGCUCCGAUCCCGCCCCCUUCCUCCUCCUCCUCCUACACCCUCCACACAGACUGAGUUUAAGGGGAUGGAAGGGUGUGCUGGGACAAAAAGGUGUACUGUGUGCAUUCUGAGAAAUCAGUCAGGGUGUGCUUCCCCCUCUCUCUCCAAACCCAAAACCAGCCUGGAUUCCUCUGCUAGAGCUGAGUGGGGUAAGAAAGGCAGAAAAGACAAGGGACACCUCUUCAGUCCUAAUGGAUUCUUUCUGAAGCUGGAUAAAAUGAAGACACAAAAGAGAGUAGUUUCUGAAUGACUGUUUCAGAAUGGCUUGAAUUAAGCACUACGGCACGCAACUGUGACCUGCAACCUGUGACCUUUCUGAGCAGCACAAGUAUUUCUGAAAGUUUGUGCAGAGGAAACUGAACUGUAAAAUAGAUGUUUAGUAAAGAGACAGCUGAAAGGCAAGGUUGUGGGCACAGGAAAAAAAAAAUCAUUCCAGUCCUUGAGAGAGAAAUGGACAUGCUCACUUAUUUUCCUCCUACGAGUGUUUUCUCUCAAGAGCCUUGACCCUGUUGACCCCUGGACAGUCCAAGGCCUCGUUACAAACACUCUGGAAGCGACCUUGAGGAAGCACACACACGCACACAUACACACACCUACGCGCGCACGCAAUCAGACCAGCGGCAGGCCACAGCUAGCUUUUACUCUGUGUCAUGUUUGAAUUCUUCAUGUUUGGGGGGCAGGGUUUAAGGGUGGGGGGUCAGGAUUUAGGGGUGGGGGGGGGGGGGGAGGGUCAAGGGUGGUCUAACAUAUGGUAAUAAGGGGACUGUGACUGUAUCUCAUCAUCAUUCUCAGCACAAGGAGCUGGAACAUAUAUUUGGACUCUUAGGGGCUGCAGUAGAGGGACCAGAGUGAGGCUCCCAUAUCAUGUGUCUGGAGUCACCAGUGACGACAGCAAUCAGCAUGAUCUCAACGGGAGAGAAUUUGUGUAUUCAUCGCUGCCCCUAGAGGUGCGACCAGCAGGUCCAGCUCCCAGCGCCAUCGCGAGAAGGCACAAAGCCGACCCAACUGCAUUCCCGUGACGUUAACUGUGCACAAAGGCACGCUAAUGCACAAGCGUUCAGCACGUCGACUCGAGCUGAACGCAACCGAACCCCAUUUCCGCUGAGCUCGGCACGCUGUUCUUCUCUCUUGCAGCGGAAACGCAGCCAGCGACUGGGCCAGGCCAGCCGGGUUAGGUGUGUCUUUCCAGUGGAUGGGACCUCACACUGUAACAUCACCGUAAUGCCGUGUCACGCAACUGACUCAUGGUUCGCCAAUGGGAGCCAUGUUUUUACCUGCACAAACUGGACAUCCUGGGCCCGGCGAGCCCAGGCCUGGCCCACCAGAACUCUCUCUGUUCCUUCUUUUGUUCCUUAAUUUCCCUUGAAUGAAGGGAUUAAGAGUGGGCAUCUAGGCAGUUAACGAAACCUGGAAAAAGGAGGAUUUUAAUAGAGGGGGUAGGGGGGGAGUUCAGCUGCUAAAUAAAAUCUUAAUUUCCCCUGCCUCACCUCAUCUUCACAAGCAGAAGCUUAAACUACUGCCACUGCAGGACAGACUCUACAUGGAUUUAUUUUUUUAAUUAUUAUUUUUCUUGGUUUCGUUUUUUAAAAAAUUAAGUUGCAAUAGAAGGGAAAAUAUUUUUGAAAAAAAAAAGCUGAUUUACCAAAAGGUUGUGAAAGAUUGAAUUGUGUUGGAACUGUCAUUUUUGUUACCCAUGGUAAUUUUUUUACAUCAGGCCGUUUGUUUAGUGAGUGUGCUCUCGUUAUGUUUUUGUAUUCCUGUUUUGUAAGUUUUUAAUUUAUUACUGUUGUUGGCGAAUCUUGUUGAAUGGUCUGUUGUAAUAAAGGAAGUAUGGAACAGCUGCUGGCCCGUUUGAGGAGGUGGCCGGAACAUAGCCAAGCACAACACCACUCCCUCACUGAAGAAUUCCUCUGGCUGUGGUGGCACAGACGCAGGAUAUUAAAACAUUUCAACAGUAACCGGGGAGACAUAUUAAAUUCUGUCACACAAACGAGAACAUUUGUGCUUUCGUUCGCACAGCAGUUAUUCCAGUGAGCGAGAUGCUUUUAUCUGGGAAUGCUCCAUUUAAUGCCCAACUUGAACUGGUUAAAAACAAAAACCUCUGAAUCUUCACAUUUCAAAUAAAAAAGAUUUAAAUGUUCUGGAAUCAAAGUUGGAAAAAUUGUAAAAAAUAAAAAUUCCACCUGCAUGGUAACAAGACAUGAGUAAAGCAAAUAUGGUGCAACUAUGAGAAAAACUCCAAUGAAAGCAUUUGAUUUGAUGUAGAAAAUAUUAAUCAAAUCAGAAUGGUAACAUA